AUGAAGUGUCCUGUUACUUCCCUUGGUCCUUGGGUACUGGUCUACGUCAUUCCUCGGUCCUUGGUCUCUGGCACCGUUCCUUACACUGUCUCUGGCACCGUUCCUUACACUGUCUCUGGCACCGUUCCUUACACUGUCUCUGGCACCGUUCCUUACACUGUCUCUGGCACCGUUCCUUACACUGUCUCUGGCACCGUUCCUUACACUGUCCCUCGAACCGUUCCUUACACUGUCUCUGGCACCGCUCUUUGCACUGUUUCUGGCACCGUUCCUUACACUGUCUCUGGCACAGUUCCUUACACUGUCUCUGGCACCGUUCCUUACACUGUCUCUGACACCGUUCCUUACACUGUCUCUGGCACCGUUCCUUACACUGUCUCUGGCACCGCUCUUUACACUGUCUCUGGCACCGUUCCUUACACUGUCUCUGGCACCGUUCCUUACACAGUCUCUGGCACCGUUCCUUACACUGUCUCUGGCACCGUUUCUUACACUGUCUCUGGCACCGUUCCUUACACUGUCUCUGGCACCGUUCCUUACACUGUCUCUGGCACCGCUCUUUACACUGUCUCUGGCACCGUUCCUUACACUGUCUCUGGCACCGUUCCUUACACUGUCUCUGGCACCGUUCCUUACACUGUCUCUGGCACCGUUCCUUACACAGUCUCUGGCACUGUUCUUUACACUGUCCCUCGCACCGUUCUUUACACUGUCUCUGGCACCGUUCCUUACACUGUCUCUGGCACCGUUCCUUACACAGUCUCUGGCACUGUUCCUUACACAGUCUCUGGCACCGUUCCUUACACUGUCCCUCGCACCGUUCCUUACACUGUCUCUAGCACCUUUCCUUACACUGUCUCUGGCACCGUUCCUUAUACUGUCUCUCGCACCGUUCCUUACACUGUCCCUCGCACCGUUCCUUACACUGUCCCUCGCACCGUUCCUUACACUGUCCCUCGCACCGUUCCUUACACUGUCCCUUGA